UAUAUAUAUAUAUAUAUUUAUAGAAAGAGAGGAUAGAGUUUUCCGUCCGUCCUUUCCUACUCCCUUUCUUCUAUUCUACUCGCCACCCGGCGCGUUUCAUGACGCGCGGCAGUUUCUUCCAUUCUUCCUGUGAAAGUGAACCCUAGUUUCCGUAAUUUUGAAAAGAAAUUGUGCGGGAUUAGAUGAUCCCUCCCAAUCCCAAUCCCAAUUCUGGACACCGUCUUGUGUGUUUGUCCCUAUUUUGAGUCGGGGAGGGUUGCGGGAAUAUGGACCAGAACGACAACCCAUUGCAGCUGUCCAUCUUCCGGCCGCUGCCUUUCUCCGGCGGCUGCUUGGAAGUUCGCCUAUUCUACGUCCGCAUCGUGCCUUGCGCGCUGGACAGCCCCCCGGACCACCUCAUUCUGCGCCAUCUCCGCCGCGAGUUUGGGGUAUUCCUGGAAGUCAAUGGCGCGCGCAUCCCCUCAUCCGACGCCGUUUCGAUUUCCCUUCGCCGGGAUCGCGUCGAUAAGGAUUCCUCCGAGGUCACUUACGUUGCCACGGACAGCGUUAAAAUCUGGGGCCCUCUGGAAUUCGAGGUGCUCCAUGAUUCGACUUUGAUUCUCUGCGGUUCGCUGCAGAGGGCUGCGGCUGCGGCUGCGGCAGCGGCAGCUGCAUGGACUAAUGGGAGUGCCGGUUCUGACACUGGGUGGGAUAUGGAUUGCUACGCGGCAAUGGCAAACCGCCCGUCCUCCUCCGCGACAGGAAUCUCUUCUUCUUCUCCUCCUCCCCCCUCCAUUGAGGUUUACGUUGCCGGGUGUUGCUCCGGAAUGCCGGUGAUUCUGACGAAGACGGUUUUACUCAGUCCGCGAAGGAAGGUAUCGAGCCAGGCCCAGGGGAUGCUGCUGGAUGCGAUACCAGAGGACGAGGAGAUGAUGGGAAAUGGAUUGAUUCGUCAACGGAAAUUGCAGCUGGUGGAGGCAGAUGUGGAAGAUGAUGAAGAAUCAGUAGAUGGGAAGUAUCUGCUCUCAUAUUACUCUGAAGAUGGUGAGCUCUCAUGGUUCAAUGCUGGUGUGCGGGUUGGCGUAGGGAUAGGACUGGGGAUGUGCCUUGGUGUUGGAAUUGGUGUCGGUCUGCUCAUGCGCUCAUAUCAAGCUACAACUAGGAGUUUCAGGAGGAGAUUUUUCUAGUUCUCGACCAUGAAUGAGCGGAUGGUGGUGCACGCACAAUGGUUCCAGUGGAGGUGUGCUUGUGCUUCCUUUCAGGGGGGGCAGCUGAAGAAGCAACAAACACUCCAUAUGUCAUGUUUAAGUUGUUGCUCUGUGCUGCGAACAUCUUGCAUAUUGUGCUGUGCAACUGAGGAAGCAGUGGCAGGAGGAAGGAGAGAAUGGAUUGGUUUCAGGAUCAUCAUCAUGUAUCUCUCAUCUUCUGGGUAACCAUCCUUCAUCUAGGAUGAAGUUGUUGAAUGUCUGACGCGGUGCUGUGCUGAUCUUUCUUGGCACAAGUAACACUACUACAUAGUUGGUGAUUAAAGUGGGUUUUGGUUGUUUAGAGAGAGAGAGAGAGCGAGCGGCAGUCAUGAUCAUGAUAAUGAAUUAGACCUUCUGGCUGUAUUAGUAUAUUUGGUUGGUGGGGAUUAUUCCAAUUCCACUCCCCAAUUUCUGUUGCGGUUGGGAGGGAGAUCUUAUGAAGGAAGGAAUGUGUGUGUCUCCUCCAUCCAUUUUCUUUCUGUGCAUGAAAUGUGUCUCCAUCUCCAUUGCCUGAGAAAGGCAAGGCAGUCAGUUAUGUGCAGCAGCCAUUAUAAUCACCCACACUUCCAUCCAUCCAUUAUUUAUUUAUUUGUUUUAAUCAUACCUCUCAACUACCCUACCCUACCCUACCCUACCCUGAGUUUUAUCCCUGCCUUGUCUUCUCACAAUAUGCAUGCAUCAUGGGUCAUUAGAACGCUUAAUAGAUUCCUACGUAGUUUUA